AACCAAAAACGAAUACACUGUACUUCAUACUUGAUGUUUAUUUUUUAAAUUUCUUGUAAAAUGUUAAAUGACUGUAUAUAGAAAUAAGAACUCAUACAGCAAAAACUAAAAAGAGAACUUUUACACUGCCAUUAACUUAGGUACAUUAUGGCAUCGCAUUUAAGCACCCGAGACAGGUUGCUGUCGCUGAUUGAUGAUAUAGAAUUAAUAGCUAAAGAAAUGAUAGAAGUAGCAAUAGCUCCAAAAUCUCAGAAACUUUCAGCAGCUGAUCAUGCACAAUUAACUGAUCUUCUGCUGUCUAAAGAUUCAGAGUUAAAGAAAACAUUAGAAUUAGCUGAUGAACAAGCAAAAAUUCAACAGAAAAUGAAUGAAUUGAAAGCUGAAGUGGAUAAUAAGGAUCAAGAUAUAUAUCAUCUUCAAAGGCAACUGAAAGAUGCAGAACAAAUAUUAGCUACAUCGUUAUAUCAAGCCAGACAGAAGUUAGCAUCAAUUGUCAAAUCAAGAAAGAGGCCUGUUCCAUCAGAAGAAUUGAUUAAGUUUGCUCAUAGAAUAAGUGCAUCAAAUGCAGUAAGUGCACCACUGUCUUGGCAACCAGGAGACCCACGCAGGCCGUACCCAACAGAUCUUGAGAUGCGUUUAGGAAUGCUUGGACGAUUAUGUGAUUUACCACUCAACGGACAUGCACCGUCCACUCUUAACGAUCUUCAUAGAAUCACUACAGGAGGAGUACCAGCGUCAGCAACGAACCAAUUCACAUGGCAUCCCUCGGGAGAAUUGCAUAUGUCAGUGGGAGGGGGGAAUUCUGUAGCUAUAGAUGGACGUGGGAAAGAUGCUCCAGCCCAAGAGGAUGUUGAAGUUAUGUCCACUGAUUCUAGCUCCAGUUCGAGCAGCGAUUCUCAAUAGUUAAUAGUGAUAAAGUGUAGUAGACUGAAUGGAUAUGAAUGAAUGAAUGAGCGAAAUAAUAUUUAGUGUUUUGAGAAAUUACUGGAAGGUGUAAUCAGGCGAGGUAUAUAAAAAAAAAAUUGAAAAAUUGGUGUAGACAGAGAUUUUAGUUUACUUUUUAGUUUUACAGUCUCAUAAGAUGCAGAGGGGAAUAAGAACUACAAUUCCCUAGGUGUUUUCUAUUCUUUGAAAAUCUCUUGCAUCCAUAUUUUGGCAUAUAUGCAUAAGUCGGUUUAAAAAGCUUUUAUAUUGAUGGAGCAAAAAAUAAAUAUGUCCAGUUUUUACUAAAGUUUGAAUGUACAACUUAUAUAGCUAAGAUUUUCUGUAUGUUGUAUUGAUAUUGCAUUUGAAUAAAUACAUCAGAAGUGAACUAAAAGUAAUCAUAAAUUGAAAUUGUUCAAUGCUAGAUAUAUUUGUGUAUAAAGAAACAUAUUCUGCAGUGUGUGUGCUUUUUUUAAUGGUGUGUUUUACAAGCUCGAAUGCACAACAAGAAUAUUUUAAAAAUAUCUCAAAAUAUAUAACGUUUUAUAAGAGAAUGUUGUUUUGUUAAGUACUUAUAUUAAGUUUGUUAAGUACUGGUUCAAUAAACAUCGUCAGAUAUUCAUUGUCUAUUAACGCUUGCAAUCGGAAAUAUUCGAACACAUGAUUGUAAAUUGUUUGCAUAGGUCGCACCCGUAGAUAAGUUAUGAGUAUGCGUGUAGUUGAAUGUUUGUUAAGAGCAGUUUGUGUAUAUUGAUGAUACACAUGUAGAUAGACUUAAUUAUGAGAAAUUAAACAUUUUUACAUAAC